GAAGAAGACCAGGACGACACGGCCUAGGAUCCGGCCGGCCCGCUUGGCCCAGGACGAGGGGGACGUCGGAGCAACCUCGGCAGGUGAGCCAAACACCUCCACUAACCCUGUUUCUAUUGUGUCUACCCAGGUCGCUCGGGGGGGGAAACUUCAGCCCGGAACAGAAAGAGGAUCCCCAGUUAAAGAACUGCUGGAGCCAGGUGCGAGUCAUGGAGGGUGUUCUACAACAGCCAGACCAAUGCCUGCCUGACACACACUUCCUGACACGGGGGGGGGACUUCUCUACCAAAAAAAAAAAAGCGACAAGGAGAACCCUGCAAGCUACUGGUCAUCCCGCAAUGCCGUACCAAGACCCUGAUGCACCUGGCCCACUCUCAUCCCUUGGGGGGUCAUCUGGGGGCUCGCAAUACACUGCAGAAAUUAAAGGACUGCUUCAUGUGGCCCGGCAUGGAUGCAGAAGUCCCCAGUGCCAAAAGACGCACAAGCCUGCUCCUGUGUCACUCAUUCCCUUCCCCAUUAUCGGCGUGCCCUUCGAAAGAAUUGGCCCGAAGUCUGCCCGGGGUCAUGAGUUCAUCCUAGUCAUCGUGGACUACGCCACCAGAUACCCCGAGGCAGUACCUCUCCAAAAAGCCACCUCCCAAAACAUCGCCCAUGAGCUCCUGCUCCUCUUCAGUUGUGUAGGCAUCACAAAGAACAUCCUGACCGACCAAGGUACGCCAUUUAUGUCCAAACUAAUGACGGAUCUGUGUCGGUUGUUGCAGGUGAAACACCUGAGGACAUCCGUCUACCACCCCCAGACGGAUGGGCUGGUGGAGCGCUUUAACUAGACCCUGAAGAGGAUGCUUCUCAGGGUGGUAGACGAGGAAGGCAGAAACUGGGACCUGCUCCUCCCCUACGUCCUCUUCGUCAUCCGGGAGACUCCACAAGCCUCCACUGGAUUUACACCGUUUCAGCUACUCUUGGAAGGCGACCUCGUGGACUGCUGGACGUGGCCUGAGAAGCUUGGGAAGAACAGCCCUCCCCCUUCCGCUCCCUCAUCGAAUAUGUCCAGGAAAUGCAGGAGCGGAUAGAUCGAGUUAUCCCGAUCGUAGGAGAGCAUCUGGAAGCGGCCCAACAGGAGCAGAGGAGGGCAUACGACCGACCGGCCCAAGCCCGAGAAUUUCAGCCUGGGGAUAAGGUCCUCCUCCUCCCCGACGUCUCCUGCAAAUGCCCGUACAUGGUCCUCGAGAGGGUGAGUCCUGUUAAUUACAGACUACAGCAACCAGAUCCCUCAGAAUGUACCUUGAUCCAGCAAGGAGAGGAGCUCACACCAGCUCAGUCCUAGGAGCUGACAGAGUUGGUGGACCAGUUUGCGGACGUGUUCUCCUCGGUCCCUGGCAGAACGCAUCUGGUACACCAUGACAUCAAAACUCCACCAGGAGUCGUGGUCAGACAGAUGCUCCAGGAUAGAAUCAUCAAGGAGUCAACCAGCCCCUGGUCAAGCCCCAUUGUGGUCAUACCCAAGUCAGACUGGAGAAUCGAGCUUUGUGACAACUUCCGGAGGCUAAAUCAAAUAUGGUACUUCGACGCAUACCCAUCCCACAGGUGGAUGACCUGGUGGAGCGACUGGGGAGAGCCCGGUUCAUCUGCACCCUGGACCUAACAAAAGGAUACUGGCAAGUGGCCCUCAGCCCGGAGGCCAAACCAAAGACGGUUUUCACCACCUCCGGAGGCCACUGGCAGUACCGGGUUUUCCCCUUUGGGCUGCAUGCGGCACCGGCCACCUUCCAGCGUCUGAUGGACAUCGUCCUGAGGCCGCAUAGGCCCUAUGCAGCCGCCUACCUCGACGACGUGGUGAUCCACUCCUCCACCUGGUCUGACCACCUCUACCACCUGCGGGCGGUGUUGGAGGCCCUCUGGAAGACUGGAUUGACAGCCAACCCAAAAAAAUGUCAUUUGGGCUUAACCGAGGCACAGUACCUGGGGUAUCGCAUCAGCAGGGACUGCUCAAGCCUCAGAAGAAGAAAAUCAAGGCCGGCUACUACCGCCGCUUUGUGCCUAACUUCUCCACGAUUGCCUCUCCCUUCUCUUAUCUCACUAGGAAAAGUCGGCCGGACCGGGUGCAGUGGAGUCAAGAGGCUGAGGAGGCAGUCCAGAACCUAAAGGAGGCAUUGACGAGCUUGCCCGUUCUACGAAACCCCAACUUCAACCUCCCCUUCAUUGUCCACACAGACGCCUUGGAGACGGGGCUCAGGGCCGUCCUGUCACAGGUUUUUCACGGGGAGGAGCACUCAAUCAGCUGCAAUGUUUUACCUAGCGGGUCGUUAUUUCAUGCUCAUCACCGACCACGCUCCUCUCCAAUGGAUGGCCUGUGCACAUAAAGCACACAGCGCUCCUCGCACGACUGCCGGCGGGGUGCUGAAAGGACGAUGCCACUUCAGCACCCCCAAUGUUUUGGAUAGCCGGAGUGCGUGUGGCUCAGAGGCAGAGCGCUUUGAUUCUUCACGUCUGGCACAAAUCUAAGGGACAACGGCAGUUUCGCUAAUGUUUCUCUGUUCUCAGAAGGCGAUAUCAGCAGGGAAGCCAUUUCAGCCGCC